AUGACGAAGCAAACCGACAGAGAAGUGUCCACUCAAGCCAAAGAGCCCGAACACCCUCCUGUAGCACCAAAACAGGACAACAGGAAUUUGUGCAACCACUUGCACGAAUACGCAAUGGUCAGAGCGGUUAGUGAUUCCAUCCAUGCCUUCCCACUUUAUCACGACAUUGUAUUGAAAUGGUCUCCUACUGCAGCGGCUAUUAGGGAAACCCAACCGCUAAAGCUUGUUUUGGAUCAAGGCGACAAGAUUGGCCAUGCCGUGUUGACCAAGAUGGACCAGUUGGUUCCAUCGUUGAAGACCAUCGAGUCUCGAGACGUAACCGAGCCAAUCCUCAAGCCGGUACAAGUUGCAAUCACAAGCGUCCAGAAUUCUGUGGACUCAGCCAAGAAGGGCGUCAACAAUACUAUUGUCGAGCCGAUCCAAACGAUGGCCGUGAACGUCAAGCUGAAGGUACAAACCACGCUUACAGAUUCGACAGGCAAGUGUGUGAUCACGUCCCUGGUCGACCCAGUAGUCGGACCCAUCAAUUAUAAUUUGGAGCACCUUGUAGAGUCCUACUCACCUCAAACAAGAAAGGUUGCAAAAGAUGGGUUCUCCAGUGAGAUUUCGAGAACUAUUGAAUUGUUCAAAAAUAUCGCCACAAGAUCCAAAGAGUCUCCACAAGUCCUUUCAGGUCAUCAGUUACCUUUGAUUGAUUCCCUUGCUCGAGAUGAACCUGCGCAAGGAAGUAACUCCAACUAA